AUGCUCUCUAGAAUUUGCAAGCAGCGCAAUGAGGUCAUCAUUCCUCGACUUCUGGGACAAUAUGACGCUGUCAUCACCGCUGCGCCUGAUAUCGUCGAUCUAAGCACGGCGGAGAACUACCUGUUGAUGGGUGAUAUCCUCAAAGACAUUCCGAAGCUACUUGACCCCAACUCUCUCACGCAUUACGAUCUCUCAUACCCUGAACCAGUUGGAGGUAGCCUCAAGGCGAGAAAACUCAUUGCCAAAUUGCUUAACGACUACUUCAACCCUAAAAUUCCUGUCGAACCUUCCCAUAUUGUUCUGGCUGCCGGAGCAAGCUUUGCGUUGAAUGCUCUUAUCGAACAGAUAUUCGAGCCUGGCGAUGGAGUCCUCAUCGCGACGCCGUACUGGGCCGGCUUGGAUCUGUCGUUCAGCGUCCACAACCAAGUCACAGCAGUCCCGGUCCACGUGCCUCUCGACGAAUUCUUCGACAGAUCGAGCAUCGGCCACUACGAGAAAGCUUUGAAGGAAGCUACCGUCCCGAUAAAGGCAAUUCUCGUGUGCAACCCGCACAACCCCCUGGGACGAUGUUAUCCGAGAGAAACACUCGAUGCGCUCGCCGAUUUCUGUACCUUCCACAAACUCCACUAUAUAUCGGAUGAGGUUUACGCCCUCUCUCAGCACAAUGGGCAACCUGGCCCGGCUCCCAAUCCCAAGUUCAUUUCAGCUUUGAUCCUAGAUAAUCCGAACGGUUUGAUUCAUGUUCUAUAUAGCUUGAGCAAGGACUUUGCCUGUAAUGGCAUCCGCUUGGUACACCACAAUCCCUUCAUCAAUACCAUGGAGGGAGCCGUAGUCGAUGCCCUCAUUAUCGGUGGCGGACCCGCUGGACUGAGCACGGCGUUGACACUCGCGCGGCAAGCCCGGUCCUCCAUCGUUUUUGACAGCGGCAGCUACCGCAACGAUGCCACGGAAAACAUGCAUAUGCUUCUCGGGUUCGAUCAUGCCUCUCCUUCCGACUUCAGGGCAGCGGCUCGGGAUAACAUUGCCUCUCGCUACGAUUUUGUGACGUUCAAUGACGCAAAUGUCCAAUCUGUCAAGAAAUUGGAUAAUAACCUGUUCGAGGUUACCACCGAAGGACAGCAGGAGUCAUGGCGGGGCCGGAAGCUUAUCCUCGCAACUGGCGUUGAGGAUAUCAUGCUUGAUAUCGAAGGCUAUAGUGAGUGCUGGGGUAAAUCAAUCUUCCAUUGUCUGUAUUGCAAAGGAUUCGAGGAGAGAAACUGCGAAUCCGCAGCUGUCCUCGUUGCUGGCAGCCUCACGAACAACGCGUUGGCACUCCACAUCGCGCGUCAAGUCCUCGCCCUCACGAAAGCCGUGACGUUUUAUACGAAUGGCGCGGAGGAUAAGGUAGAAGAACUCACGGCAUCCUUCGCGGGCGCGACUGCGAUGAAGAUCGAUACCCGGCGCAUCCAAAAAUUCACCAUGGGAUCGGAGAAUUCCGGGAUUGUCAUUCACUUUGAAGACGGGAGCCAAGUUCAAGAGGGAUUUCUAGCCCACGCUCCGCAGACUAAAGUACGAGGGCCGUUUGUGGAGCAGCUCGGAAUCGAGAGAAGCCCCAAUGGGGACAUUAAGGUCAAUACCCCAUUCUGUCAGACGAGCAUGCCCGGAGUUUUUGCUGUUGGCGACAACUCGGCGAUGCUGAAGAGCGUGCCAAAUGCUAUCUUCACGGGAACAUUAGCAGGCACUGGGGCUGCUUCUCAGAUUAUGGCAGAGCAACUCGGGCAGAAGCCGCUCUUUCCCUGA